GAAGCACGCUCACGCUAUUACCGUCAGUCGUCGACGAUCGCUCAGCGAGUCGACACGGAAGUGAGUGGUCGUCCGCUCGCUCGCGAUCGAUCUCGCGUGACCUCGUGGCGCGUUUUAUCCAUCAUCACAAGAGACCGACCGACGAGAACCUUGCAGGCCUACAUCUUGCAAUAUCUUGUCAUCUUGACACGCUCGUGUGUAAAGCGCGCUAUCGCCUUUCUUUCUCCCUUUCCCUCUCCCUUCCUCGCUCUCAAUUACGUCGGCGAUAGUCUUAUCUGGAUUGGAUUCGGGCGACGCGACGCGACUCGCGUAUUCAAUACGACGACGAUAAGAUAUAUGCCGUUUCAUUGAUUCUCGUCCGAUUUUCGGAGUCGAACACGCGGGAGAGAAAACAGAGUCUCUCUCUCUUUCUCUUUCUCUCUGUCUUUCUCUCAAAUGCGCCGCAUCUAGUGUAUCACCGAUAAUCGUGACAUCGCGCGGCGUGUUACGUUAACGUCGCCGCCGCCGUUAUCGUCGUUGUCAUCGUUCGCCGUCGUCGCCGUCAGCCCCGUGGUCGCUGUCAGCUGUGAUCAGCUGUCAAACGCAGUGAAGAUGCCCGCGCGGCUCAGCAAGUUCUCGUUUGACGCGCCUUGCAUGGAUUACGCUCAUCCAUGGACGGACUCCUGUGUCAGCGCGACCACUGGCCUCGGUCUGCACUCCCUGCAGGAAUCCUUCAGGAUAUACGCGACUGUUUACAUUAUUGCGUUUUUAAUGAGAAGAAAAAAACCAACGAAGGAGGAUGUCAAGAAAACUAUAUUGGGUAUCCUCCAAUCCACAGCGUUCCUUUCGUGGAGUGGUUUUUCUUAUUCGUUGUUUAUUUGUUUGUUAAGGCGGACGCUUGGACGUUUUUACAUGCCGACUGUAUCUUUUCUUCCGUCCUUUUUAUCUAGCCUAUCUGCCAUUGUGAUAGAAAGAGCCUCUAGACGUACGUUAUUGUGUCUCUAUGUGUCGAACGUUGCGACGGAAACCUUGUUCAGAAUGGGUGUGUGGCGAGGGUACUACUCGCCUAUUCCGAGAGGACAGGUCUAUAUCUUUGCCGUAAGCGUAGCUGUGUUACUGUACUUCUUCCGUUCGAAGACGAAUAAACAGGAUCAGAUAUAUAAAAUAUUUAGGAUGAUUGUUGGGAAGUACGAGGACACUGAAUAUCUUACAAAGAAGGAUUCCGAAAUAUCGAGAAACACCGCGAGUGGUGGCGAAAUGAGUGACAGAAGUAUACGUAGGAGCUCUGCAAGACAUAAAUUUAAUAUUCUAUGGAAGUCUUUUGAGGCAUACAAAUAUAUCAUUAAUAGCCUAAAAGCACAAAGUAAGGAUGUUUCGUGUCCGCAUCCUCAUAGCUGCGCACAUUACAUUUUAGCGGAUAGUGCAAAGAUCUUCAGUUAUUGCGUUGGCGGGCAAAUAGCGCUUAAAUUGAUCUUACAAUUUAACAGAUUACUUCAGAAGCCGAAAUUAUUAAAAAGCACCAUCUUUCAAAAAGGAAAUUUGAAUUUUGCUGUGUUUCUUGGAGGAUUUGCCGGCCUUUAUAGACUAGUGUCAUGCAUGUUGAGAAGAACCUUCCACGAAGAUUCGCACUUGUACGCCAUUCCUGCUGGACUUAUCGCAAGCGUAACGUUUUUGGCAUAUCCCGAUACUACUAUAGCCUUAUAUUUCAUGUGGAAAACAUUACAGUUGCUGUGGAACGAUGCAGUGGAAAAUGAGAAAGUACCUGACGUAAAGUGGUUCUCGAUCUUAUUGUAUUGCUUUAGCACGGCACUUCUCUUUCACACAGCCAUACUGGAACCACAGAAUUUAAGGUCAUCCUAUUGGAGAUUUCUUUAUACACAGUCCGGUGGAAGAAUAGCAGUAAUGUCCCGAACACAAUUGGACGUGUUCGGUCUAGAAACCAGCAAGCAUUUGCAAGCAGUGCUCAGAAAAACGAAAACCACGGAUCAGCUUACCUUUUCUUUCUGAAAUGUUGAGUAUAAGUAUCAAAAAUGACAAUACGUACCUUUAAAUGUCUUUAUUUUCCUAAACCAAAGACAACCUGUACAUUAGAUGCGUUUAUAUAAAUUAUAAACCUAAAUUUUAUGCGAUCAACAAGUGAAACAAAAUGUAAAGUAUAUCUUAGCGUAGCAAACUGAACAUCGAACGUUUGUUUUUUUUUUAUUCUUCAACCCAAUUCGAAGCAAUGGUGCUUGGAUAUGUUGUGAUAGUAAAAGAACUUAAUACUUUUAUACAAAGAUGUAACUUAUGUAACUUAAUAUAUUUGAUUGAGAUAUUUGGUUGUAUGGUGUGAUAAUUGUAUGUCAGGGAAGUAGAUAAAUAUUAAUUGUAUGAAUAGAAUGUAGCUAUUAAUAUCAGUUUAUCUACGAGUACGUUCAAAUUCGUAGCGAGAUAUUUUCAUCUUUUUCUCUGCGCUGUAUACAUCACAAAUUAUUUUUUUCUAUGUUUAGUACAAACUUUAUUAUGUUUAACGCUGAUAUAAUAUAAACACGUUCCAGACGGAUA